AUGGUUUGGAAGAAAGAAUACUUAGAUUUAGUGUUGGUCCCAACUGGUUUGCUAAUCAUGUUUUGCUACCAUCUCUUUCUUCUCUACAGAUGCCUAAGACAUCCAGAAACCACAGUCAUUGGCAAUGAGAACCACUGCAGAAAAGCUUGGGUUGAGAGAAUGUUGCAGGUUGAAGCAAAGGACAGAGGCCUGUCCCUAACAGUAAUUUCCGGCACCAUAACAGCAGCGAAUUUCUUAGCUUCAACCUCUUUAGCAUUGAGCUCUCUGAUUGGAGCAUGGAUUGGGAGCUCUUCACACAACAUCUUCAUGAGUAGCAUUAUAUAUGGUGACACAAGUCCUGCCAUAGUUUCUAUCAAAUAUAUUAGCAUUCUGGCCUGCUUCCUGCUUGCUUUGGCUUCCUUUUUACAUUGCAUAAGAAACUUUGUCCAUGCCAAUUUCCUCAUCAGCAUGCCAGACAGUGACAUUCCUUUGGCUCAUGUGGAGAAGGCUGUGAUAAGUGGUGGCUUGUUCUGGACACUGGGGUUAAGAGCUAUCUACUUUGCCACUACUUUGCUCCUCUGGAUUUUUGGUCCAAUUCCGAUGUUUGUUUGUUCAGUGAUUAUGGUGUUGAUUUUGCACAGGCUUGAUUCAAAUUCCACUCCGUUGCAUCAGUUCCAACCAGCCAAGAGUCAUAAUGAGCUCAGGAAAAUUGGUGAAGAAAACAGCAGAAUAGAAAGGGUUAUUGAGCAACAUCAUGAAAGAUCUCACAUGGAUGGAAGCAGAGCUCAAGGUUGA